AUGGAAAUUCCCAAAUUUAAUAAAGAAGAUGAUCGGCCCAAAAGUGAGAAUGAUAAAAACAGUAAUUAUAUAAUAAAUGGGAAUUGUCAAAUAAAUAAAGAUAUAGAAUUAAAUGAAAUGCCUGUAAAAAAAGAUGAAGAUAUCAAUAAUUCAAAUUGUUUAACAGAAUGGAAGUUAUUUAAGAUAUUAUUUACAAAAUUAAUGAUUUCCUUUAGUUUUUUCAUAAUUUCGUUAUUUAUACAAAGUUUCUUUAUGAUAUAUAGUGACUCCUAUUAUAAAAGAUAUACAAUACCUUUAAGUGAUCGAGUGCAUGAAUUGGUUGGCCAUCCACCUAAAUGGGUUACUUAUAAUUUGUCAAAUAGUUUAGUGGGUUUAUUAUCAAUUACAUUUAUUCAAUUGAUUUUAUUUAAUAGCAUAUAUUUAUCUAUAGCUAUUAUUUGUCGCUUUUUAUAUAUGCAUGGAUUUUUUUAUAUUUUAAGAGGUAUACUCAUAUACAUUACUUCAUUACCUGCUACAUUAAAAACGUGUAUACCGUUAGAGAGAGGAAAUAUAGGCUUUAACCUACUACAAGUCGUGAAACUUAAUUUUAACCUGUUAUAUGUAUGCUCAGAUUUAAUUGUAUCUGGUCAUUCUUUUACAUCAACAAUAUUUUUAUUGUUUAUAUUUUGUUAUAUGGAUAAUGUUGUAAUAAAAGUAAUAACAGCUUUGUUAUCUUGUUUUGUAUAUUCAGUUUUGAUUGUUGGUUUUAUACAUUAUACAUCAGACGUACUAUUAGGAAUAUUAUUUGGUUUUUUUAUUUUUGGGUUAUACCACAUAGCACUUGAUUUGUCAUCCUUACAUUAUAUAAUCUCCACAUUAUAUGAUGUUAGAAGUAUAUCAAAUAAUAAAGAAAAUAAUAAAUUUGAAGCCAAGCCAUUUUUUUUAAGAUGUUUUUUAUUAAGAAUUUUAUUGGGUAUUAUUCCACGGUUAGAAGGAUUACACCAUACAUUAGAUUAUGCAAUGAAUAGAAAUAGCAAUAAAUCGGAAUUUUGUAAUUGUGAGCAUAAUUCGAGCACACAUAGUAGAUCUAUAGAUUUAUUUAAAAGGCCUCAUAUAAAAGAAAAAUUACUUUUUGGGCAUUCAAAUCAUUUAUAUCAUGCAUAUGCUGGAGAUGGCAAACAUAACUUUUUAUUAUUUAAGUUUUUUGGCCCUCACCCCAAGGAGUAA